AUGGAGGCAAUCAAACGUGCAUUUACCAGGUGCAAAGAGAAAAGUCGCGCAGCUUUGGUCACAUACGUGACAGCUGGAUACCCUACCGCCCAUGGAACACCGGACAUUAUGUUGGCCCUGGAAGCCGGUGGUGCAGAUAUCAUCGAGCUCGGCAUCCCGUUUACUGAUCCACUUACGGACGGUGUUGUCAUUCAACGAUCCAACGCGAAAGCCCUCGAGAAUAAUGUCGAUAUUUCAUCGAUGCUGCGAAUGGUAAAAGAGGCACGGGAGCGUGGCUUGAAUGUACCUGUGCUUUUGAUGGGCUAUUAUAACCCUGUUUUGGCAUACGGGGAACACAAGUUAUUGCUUGAUAGCAAGAAGGCUGGGGUGAAUGGGUUCAUUAUUGUUGACCUUCCGCCGGAAGAUGCCUUGCGCUUUCGUGAGUCGUGCAAGACAGAAGGUCUUUCCUAUAUUCCGUUAAUCGCACCUUCGACAACGCCUGAUCGGAUGGACAUGUUGUGCAGCAUUGCGAAUUCGUUUAUCUAUGUUGUCUCCCGCAUGGGUGUUACUGGCGCAACCAAAACACUGGCGGGAAAUUUGGGUGAACUACUUGGUCGCGUGCAUGCUCGGACUGGAAAUCGCAUUCCCGCGGUUGUGGGAUUCGGUAUCAGUACCCAUGAGCAAUUUGCUGAUGUGGCUCAGAUUGCUCAAGGCGUGGUUAUUGGGAGCAAGAUUAUAUCCCUCAUUGGAGAAGCCGCACCAGGAACCGAGCCGCAGGUAGUCAGGGAAUAUUGUCUGCAAGUGGCAGGUCGAACCCAGGACCAAAUUGUCGUUUCUUCCGUGGCAGAUAUUGCAACCACCAGCAAAGUAACUACUCCAGAUAACAGCACCAAAAAAGCUGAUGCGAGCGCAAGCUCUCGCUCAACCGACACCCACACUCGCUUUGGAAAAUUCGGAGGCCAGUAUGUCCCAGAAGUUUUGAUGGAGUGUUUGAACGAACUGGAGGGCGGAUUCCGGAAAGCAAGCGCUGAUCCAGCCUUCUGGAAAGAGGUUCGGUCGUACGCUGCGUAUGCAAAUCGGCCAUCAUCGUUGCACCUUGCACCGCGACUGACCAAGCAUGCGGGUGGUGCACGCAUCUGGCUAAAACGUGAGGAUCUUAACCACACUGGUAGCCACAAGAUCAACAACGCAUUGGGUCAGAUUUUGCUUGCCAGAAGACUUGGCAAAAAAGCAAUUAUUGCAGAGACAGGCGCCGGUCAACAUGGAGUAGCUACUGCAACUCUCUGCGCCCGCUUCGGGAUGAAGUGUACAAUAUUCAUGGGAGCAGAAGAUACCAAACGUCAGGCCCUUAACGUAUUCCGUAUGCGACUUCUUGGUGCAAACGUGAUCGCAGUUCCUGGAAAUCACGUCGGUGAGGACGGUUCUUUUACUGGCGGUACACUCCUGGAUGCUGUCAAUGAAGCAUUCCGUACCUGGGUAACGGAUCUGGACUCGACACACUUUGUCAUCGGUUCAGUGUUUGGUCCGCAUCCAUAUCCAACCAUUGUUCGCACUUUUCAGUCAGUCAUCGGGACUGAAACGCGAGGUCAGUUCCAAGAACUGAAUGAGGGACGUCUUCCUGAUGCUGUUGUUGCCUGUGUGGGUGGCGGUUCGAAUGCCUCUGGAAUGUUCCACCCCUUCCUUGAGGACCAGUCCGUUGCCCUUGUUGGCGUGGAAGCGGGUGGCGAAAGUAAUGAGGUUGGCCAUCACUCUGCAAGCCUAGGAUAUGGCACUGUCGGUGUUCUCCAUGGUGUGCGUACAUACAUUCUCCAAGAUGAACACGGCCAGAUCUCGCGCACGCAAUCUGUAUCUGCGGGACUCGAUUACCCCGGCGUCGGUCCAGAAUUAGCAAACUGGAAGGAUACAGACCGAGCAACUUUUGUUUCUGCUAGUGACAAGGAAGCCUUGGAUGCUUUCCAGUUAUUGAGCGAAAUGGAGGGCAUUACCCCCGCCUUAGAAAGUGCGCAUGCUAUUGCUGGGGCGUUUCUUUUGGCGAAGGAACUGGGACCAGGGAAAGAUAUUGUUGUAUGUCUGAGUGGAAGGGGCGACAAGGAUGUUGAAACCGUUGCAAAGCUGUUGGAAGGUGUUUGA